AUGCCCUUCAACCUCUCCAUCCCUCUGCCUUCGCGUCGCAAGAGUGAUGAGCCCGCCACCAUGGCCCAGAUUCGCACCCAGCAUGCGAACGACACGAACUGCACGCAAUCAUCACCCCUCUACCUAAUCUCCCAGAACGACGAAAUCUACGAAAACGAUAUCCUACGCGCGCCGGGAAACAUUAGGCCAUGGCUCGACUACGCAAACUACAAGCGCCAGUACGGCUCCCUUCUCGAGCAGUCCUUUGUUCUCGAGCGCGCUUGCAAUGCGCUGCCGCGAUCGUACAAGCUCUGGAAGAUGUAUUUGGAACUGCGAGUCGCGCAUCUGAAGGGCAAGAGUCCCGCACGAUGGAAGAGCGAGUAUCAAAAAGUCAACGCCUUGUUUGAGCGCGCACUGGUGCUGCUGAACAAGAUGCCCAAGAUCUGGGAGAUAUACCUUUCCUUUCUCUGCCAGCAGCCGCUUGUCACCUUCACCCGGAGAACCUUCGAUCGCGCACUGAGAGCUCUUCCAAUUACACAACACAAUCGAAUCUGGGCCCUGUACCGACCGUUCGCGAAUUCUGCGGGCGGAGAAACGGCGGUGAAGAUCUGGACGAGAUACAUCCAGAUCCACCCAGAGUACAUGGAGGAUUACAUAGAGCUGUUGGUCAACGAAGGCAAGUACACACAGGCGGUGCAGAGGUACGUUGAGAUCUUGAACAAUCCGCGCUUCAAGAGUAAAGAGGCCAAAGGACCAUUCCAGCACUGGACGGAGAUGCUCGAGAUUCUCAUCGACCAUGCAAAAGUCAUACCGAACCCCGUGCCGCUGCCGAAUGGAGCAACGCUCAGCGUGGAGACCAUUAUUCGGAGUGGGUUGGAGCGAUUUGCGGAUCAGAGGGGUAUCCUGUGGGUUGGACUCGCGCGAUACUACAUCUGUCUCAGACACUACGAGCGGGCAAGGGACAUCUUCGAAGACGGAAUCACAACUGCGAUGACUGUGCGCGACUUCAGUGUCGUGUUCGAUACCUAUGCAGAAGCAGAGGAGGCGCUCAUCUCGAUCAAACUGGAGGAGUCGGCCGCGCGGCAGCAAAAGGGCAGGAUUGAUGAAGACGCAGAUCUGGACUUGGACAUUCGUAUGCUGCGUUUCGAGCAGUUGAUGGACCGGAGACCAUUCCUGGUGAAUGAUGUGCUCCUACGACAGAACUCACACAACGUCAACGAAUGGCAGAAACGCGUGGCCCUGUGGGGCGAUAACAAACAAAUGAUUGUGCAAACAUACGCCGAUGCGAUUGCAGCAAUACAUCCAAAGAAAGCCGUUGGCCGAUUUCACGAGCUGUGGACUAACUAUGCCAAGUUCUACGAGGCUGGUGGCGACCUUCAGAACGCGCGCAUCAUCAUGGAGAAGGCUGUUAAGGUGCCCUAUAAGUCGGUGUCGGAACUCGCCGAGAUGUGGACUGAAUGGGCAGAGAUGGAGUUGAGAAACGAGAAUUUCGACCAAGCCGUCAGCAUCAUGGCCACUGCAACCAAGGCGCCCAAGCGAAGCAAUGUGGACUAUUUUGAUGAGACGCUCAGCCCGCAGCAGAGAGUACAUAAGAGCUGGAAAAUCUGGUCGUUCUACGUGGAUCUUGUGGAAUCUGUGUCGAGCCUGGAGGAGACCAAGAAGGUGUACGAACGGAUUUUUGAACUGCGGAUCGCAACUCCUCAAACGGUCGUCAACUACGCCAACCUUCUCGAGGAGAACGAGUACCACGAGGAGUCGUUCAAGGUCUACGAGCGCGGACUGGACUUGUUCUCCUACCCCGUCGCCUUCGAACUCUGGAAUCUCUACCUCACAAAGGCGGUCGACCGACGCAUCUCCAUCGAACGGUUACGAGAUCUGUUUGAGCAGGCAGUGGAAGGUUGUCCCCCUCGCUUCGCCAAGACGAUCUAUCUCAUGUACGGCGCACUCGAGGAAGAGCGAGGUCUUGCGAGACACGCCAUGCGUAUCUAUGAACGAGCCACACGGGCUGUCGCAGACGAAGAUCGCGCCGAGAUGUUCGAGUUCUACAUCACGAAAUCCGCAUCAAACUUCGGCCUCACGUCUACCCGACCCAUCUACGAGCGCGCAAUCGCUGCUCUGCCCGACAAAGAAGCCGCGAGCACGUGUGUGAAGUUCGCCGAAAUGGAACGCCGUCUUGGUGAAAUUGACCGCGCAAGAGCGAUCUACGGUCAUGCUUCUCAGUUCUGCGAUCCGAGGGUCGAUCAAGAGUUCUGGAAGAAGUGGGAGAACUUCGAGGUCCAGCAUGGAAACGAAGAUACUUUCAAGGAGAUGCUGCGUAUCAAACGAUCCGUACAGGCUCAAUUCAAUACAGAUGUGAGUUUCAUCGCCAGCCAAGCCGUCGCUCGUCAGCAAGCCGCCGGCGCGAACGGGGCCGCGAACGGCGAGGAAGCCGGACAGGAGAAGGCUGAUGCCAUGGCUGCACUGGAGCGACAAGCACGGGCGCCGAUGGGCUUCGUUGCGGCCAGUACAGGUCCUGAAGGUGGGAAUCGGCCGGAAGCUGCUGAUGCGCAUGGGGCGCAGCAAAAGGUUGUGGACGCGAACGAGAUUGAUAUUGAGGAGGACUUAUGA